AUGGCGGAUUCUGAUUCUUCUGAUCCUGUGGGAAGUUAUUUACGUAAUUGUACCAUUCUUGAGGAAGUUGAGAACCUUGAUCCAACUGAUGAAGAAGUCCGGAUGUAUGCAUGGGACAUUGGCAUUGACCCCGAUAAAGAGGCAGAUUUAUUACACAUUGCGCGCGAAGGUCUUUCCGCUCCAGUUCCUAAGGGCUGGAUAGUUCUGCAGAAUCGAAAAGGAUCAGUUUUCUAUCAACAAAAGUGUUCCGGUAUCUGCAUUUGGGAACAUCCAUUAGAUGCCCAAUUUCGCCUUCGGGUAGUGGAAGCCAAGUCCAAGAAGUCAAGCGGUCAGAAUGAUUUCACAAGGUGCUUUGCCCCAAAGAAAAGUAGUGAUUUAGCUGAUGGGGCGGUCAACUAUCCGCAUAAUGAUGCCAAUGCUGAUUGGACUCCUUCAAUAACAAACAAAUUGGCGAAUCAUCUAUUCAGACAAUUAAUUACCAGUCUAGUAAUUUGGAUAACUUAUCAGAUGGUUAAUUUCAUUUUUCAUCGUAAAUCCAUUUUUAUUGUGGUGUGGGAAUCUUCUGCAAUUGUGAAGAAAUUAAGGAAGCGCAUAUGCAAGAAAAGAAAAUACCAACGUUUUCUGGAAAUUCGUUUUACUUUUUUCAGAGAAGUUCCACAGUUAUGCGAAUGGGUAAUUAUUUCAGUUUUUCAGACCCUAAUAAAUUUCAAUACGACUGAUUUUGUCCAAAUAAUUAGUUCUUCCAAAUUACAAACGUAUUCGUUUCUAUCAAAACGAAGUGAUGACCACCUAUGGAAGAAAACUGCUCACUUCUCAUCAUGCUGUUUUCCUAUAAAAGUCGCCAUUUUGAAACUGUUUUUGGUAAUCAGUGCUUCAAGAUUUGUGGCAAUUCCAUCACUUAAUUUAAUACAAAUGAGUUUUUACAUGAAAAGAGUUCAAAAUAAACCAAAUUGGAUUAUCUAA